AUGAUCUCAAUUCUAUCGGCCCAUAUGGUCGAAAAACCGCUCAACCCAGACCUCUCCUUCAUGGACAUCUCGCUAUUGACGUUGGAAGCAGUCAUCCAAGUGGUUUUGAUCUGUCUAGCCGGAUUUGUUGCAGCACGGUCGGGCAUUCUCACCAAAGCUGGCCAGAAAGUCAUCUCGCUGAUUAACGUGGACUUGUUCACGCCAUGCUUGGUGUUCAUCAAGCUCGCGCCGCUGUUGUCGUUGAACAAGAUGGCAGACCUUAUCGUCAUCCCUAUUUUUUUCUGCAUAGCCACUUUCACAUCGUACGUGAGCGCGAGAGUCACCUCCAAAAUGUUGAGCCUCAAUGGCCCUGAAACCGACUUUGUCACCGCCAUGGGUGUGUUUGGUAACUCCAACUCGCUCCCGGUAUCGUUGACCGUCACUCUUGCAUACACAUUGCCCGACUUGUUGUGGGACCAGAUUGAUGACGAUAACUCCGACAGAGUUGCCUCCCGUGGUAUCUUGUACCUUUUGCUUUUUCAACAAUUGGGCCAGAUUCUUCGUUGGUCGUGGGGUUUCAACCACUUGUUGAGAAAGCGCUCCAUUGAGGAGUUGUCUCAAUACAACGACGAGCCCGUCACUUACAGACGCAUUGAAAGUGGCGAUGCUUUGUACAUCAACACGCCACAGCAACUACAACAGGCAGAGUCUGUUGUCUCAGACCGUAAUCUGGAAUCUCUGGAAGAGGACGCGCCCUUGGACGCCAAAAGCUCAACCUCCACCCUUGGCUCCAUGGCUGCUCGUAUUAGAUCUGUUUGGAUAGCCUUUGCUUCGUGGGGUCCAGUCAAGAGCUUUUUGUCAUUCAUGAACCCACCAUUGUACGCAAUGCUUCUUUCUUUGGUGGUGGGUUCUGUGCCACUGCUCCAAAACCUAUUUUUUGAGAAAGAUACCUUUGUUAAUAACACGGUCACGCAAGCGGUACUGCUGCUUGGAUCUGUGUCGAUUCCAUUGAUUUUGGUGGUUUUGGGAUCCAACUUGAACCCCUCCGACGAGCAUCUCCCACCCUCGAAGCAUUACAACCGCAUCAUCUUUGCCUCCUUGGUAUCGCGGAUGAUCAUACCAUCGAUGAUCUUGCUUCCGCUCAUUGCUGCGUGCGUGAAAUAUAUCAACAUCUCGAUCUUGGAUGACCCCAUCUUCCUCCUUGUGGCGUUCAUUCUUACUGUGUCUCCUCCUGCCAUUCAACUUUCGCAAAUCACGCAGUUGAACAGCAUUUAUGAGACAGAGAUGGCUGGUGUGUUGUUCUGGGGAUACGUGGUGUUGACGUUGCCCACCACCAUCCUUAUUGUCGUGGCCAGUCUUGAGGUGCUCAAAUGGGCCAUUUGA